AACACAGAUUUUACAGAUUUUUUAAGUUUAAGCUCAUUAAAAGAUGAAUAUCUCUGGAAAAUUACAAAAUACAAUCUCUUUAUUUGAUAUAAGGCUACAAACACCUCUUCCAUAUAUUAUUAUAUUACGUGGGAAUAAUACAGAGGCAGAAGGUGUUACAGUGAAUGGCAGCGUUGUAUUAUCUAUAAAUGACUCUAUUUCUGUUAAAUCUAUUAUAUUUCGUUUUUAUGGAGUGAAUAAAGUCAAAUGGACAGAAAUGGUGAUGUCAUCAGCAAGAAUGCCGGUAGAACGUAAUCAGAAGCAAAAAUCUCUUGUUUUUGAGAAGGAAAUUUCUCUUUUCCCGAUUAAUGGGACAAAAACUAUUGGAAAAGGGAAUCAUGAAUUUCCCUUUGAAAUUCAUAUUCCUGGGGAUAUUCCAGAGUCAGUUGGGCCUUAUGAACAAGGAGAUUCUAUGGGAUUUCUUGUCUAUAAGAUGAAAGUCACAAUAGAAAGACCUGUAUUUCUUUCAAAUAUUGUUUAUAGAAAACAUGUUCAUAUUAUACGUACUUUACCGCCUUUUUCACUAGAUUCUAUUCAUGCAAUGUAUGUUGAAGAUACAUGGCUAAACAAAAUUGAAUAUAACAUUAAUAUUCCUACAAAAGCCUGUGAAGUAGGCAGUAUAAUUCCUAUUGAUAUGCGGUUUGUACCUUUGAUAAAAAACCUUAGGAUCUUAAAGAUUACAUGUUCUUUAAGGGAAUAUAUUACUUUAAAAAUUACAUCUGGAUAUCAUGGUAUGCCAUCAAAAUAUGAAAUUACUCGUCAGAUUUCAGUUUGUAAGAUUAAAAAUGUACCAAAAAACAAUGACGAAUGGAAAUUGCAAAAAGAUAUAGCUAUACCAAGUUCAUUAUCAUCAUGUAUUCAAAAUUGUGAUGUUAAACAUAUUAAAGUGAGACAUAAAUUGAAAAUUAUAGUUACCCUUAUUAAUCCAGAUGGUCAUAUUUCUGAGCUUCGUGUUUCUUUACCUAUCAUUAUUCUUAUACCACCCGCCUUGCUUAUUAAUAAUGAUUAUUAUGUAUAUCUAUCUACACUAGAACUUCAACUUCCAAGCUAUGAUAAGCAUAUUUAUGAUCGUAUUUGGGAUGGAGUUUCUUCUAUACAUAGAAAUCAAUCUAUUUCUCAUGAAACAACAACACCAUUACAUAUUACAAACAAUUCAACAUAUUCUCAUUAUGCAAAUCCUACAGGAUCUUCGUCUAAUGAUUCUGAAAGACAGCCAUAUGUUGAAGAAUUGCAAAAUACUACUCAGGAUCAAGAAAAUGAUCAUAAUCAAGCCAAUAAUCAUUCAAGUCAAUAUUUAACACCUUCUAACACAUCAGGUAUAAUUCCACCUAGUGAUUCAACUAAUCAGGCAUCGUUACAUGAAUCUGAAGUUCAUCAUGAUCUUUCUAGACCAUUUUCUCCAGAAAUUAAUGGUCAUUCUUUAAAUACAAUUACUCAAUCUGAUAUUCAACAAACAUCUCAACAAGAGGAAAAUACUUUUGUCAAUAAUCUUUCUCAAGUUCCAUCUUAUUAUGUUGCAAAUCAUCAUGUUUCUAUCAUUGCUACACCUAUUAGUCAGUCUCUUCCUACUUAUGAAGCGUCUGUCUCUAAUCCACAAGAAAAUAUCAAUCAAACAUCAACAAGACAGCCUAAACAAACACUACGUCAUCGUUUAUUUCCUUUCAAACUUCAUGCUAAUAGAUUUUUCAAAGUUCUUUUUAUUCAACAUCGAACAUAAGCUCUUUAAGUGACUUGAUCAGCCAUGUAAUUUCAUAUAUAUACUG